GAGAGAGAGAGAGAGAAAGAGAAAGGCAGAAAGAUAGAAAGAAAAGAGAGAGAGAGAGAGAUGGAAGAGACAAAAUCAAGAUUCAAGAGGAUCUGUGUCUUCUGCGGAAGCAGUUCCGGCAAAAAACCUUCUUACCAAGAAGCUGCCAUUCAAUUGGGUAACGAGUUGGUGGAGAGAAGGAUUGAUUUGGUAUACGGAGGUGGCAGCGUGGGGCUUAUGGGUCUCGUCUCUCAGGCUGUUCAUCAUGGUGGUCGCCAUGUUCUAGGGGUCAUCCCGAAAACCUUGAUGCCAAGAGAGAUAACCGGCGAGACCAUCGGAGAGGUGAGAGCCGUCGCUGAUAUGCAUCAAAGGAAAGCCGAAAUGGCUCGUCAAGCGGACGCCUUCAUUGCCCUUCCUGGUGGGUAUGGUACGUUGGAAGAAUUGCUGGAGGUCAUUACAUGGGCUCAACUUGGAAUCCACCGUAAGCCGGUGGGUCUUCUUAACGUGGAUGGUUACUACAACUCGCUGUUAACGUUUAUCGAUAAGGCCGUGGACGAAGGAUUUAUAUCCCCAAUGGCUCGUAGGAUCAUCGUUUCUGCACCGAACGCGAAAGAGUUGGUUCGACAACUCGAGGAAUAUGAACCGGAGUUCGAUGAGAUAACGUCGAAAUUGGUAUGGGAUGAAGUGGACCGGCUCAGCUAUGUACCGGGUUCGGAGGUUGCUACGUGAGGAAUUAAGUGUGUACGAGGGAAGUUUUUUGGGUAUAAAGCAGUGUACAGCGGAAAAUGAAGUUUUUUAACAUCAGAAGGAAAGGUCGGGAAGGGGACAAAAAAAUGUAUUGGGGUCGUUUUGUUAACAUUGUUUUGUAAGGGGGGUUUAAUGUGUGAAGUGGAUAAAACCACGUGGGUAACUGCUAACCGCGUAUAAACCAAACCCCAUCAUCCCCACUUGUCUUUUGUACAUUUUGGUUAAUGGUUAAAAAAAAAAAGCAUAGGCUUAUAAUUAUAUCAAGAAAUGUCAAAACGAUCCUUUUCUCUUGGAUAUUUAAA